CCCAGUGAGAGUGACGCAGCCUGCUGCGGACAGCCAAUGGGAGCGGACCACGCGCAUAAACACGGAAGUGAAGGGCUGAAGUGAGCUGGCGGCAGCUGGCGCGCGUGCGGCGUGGUUCGGAUCUAGAGGGAAGGUAGGAAGGAACACCUGCAAAAGGCCUCCGCGAGGGCGUCCGCGCGCGGCGACAUGGCGGUGACGCGGCUGAGGAACAUCAAAGGGCCGCACGCGACGGAGAUAGAGCGGAAGAUCAAACGGGGGAACACGCUGCGGCAGGCCUCCUGGUGGCGUGGCUACCGCGGUUUGGCGGCCCUGCUGUUGGUGGUGUUGUGCACCUGUGCGGGGGCGGGGCUUCUGCUGCACCUGUCCUCCCUGGACAGUGACAUCACAGAGACUUUGGUCCGCCAGAGGGAGCUGGUCUCUCCUCAGCCCAGGGCGUACGGCGUGCCGUGCUCGGAGGACUACGACAACUACAAACGCUACCCAGGUUGCACGCCUCAGAAAUGUGGCCGUGUGGUCACGGACGGCGUGGUGACCAGGGAGGAGGCUCUGGCGCUCAGCCUCCAUCCUGGACCUGCACUCCGGAGCGCUGUCCAUGGGGAAGCAGUUUGUCAACAUUUACAGGUAUUUCGGGGACCAGAUCAGGGAUGUGUUCGCACAGGAGGAUUUCCAGCUUUACAGAAACGUCCGUGGGCGGAUCCAGGCGGCCAUCGCAGAGGCGUUUGGUCUGGACCCGGAGCUCAUGUACCUGACCAAGCCCACCUUCUUCUCCAGGAUCAACAGCACGGCGGCCAGAACCCAACACGACGAGUACUGGCACCCCCACAUCGAUAAGGUGACGUACGGCUCCUUCGACUACACCUCCCUCCUGUACCUGUCCGAUUACGGCUCCGACUUCACCGGAGGACGCUUCAUCUUCAUGGACCACAAUGCCAACCGAACGGUGGAGCCGCGCACAGGACGAGUGUCGUUCUUCUCCUCCGGCUCGGAGAACCUCCAUCGAGUGGAGAAGGUGACCUGGGGGACGCGAUACGCCAUCACCGUGUCCUUCACCUGCGACCCGGAGCACGCCAUCUCCGACCCCGCCCUGCCCUGACGGAGAACGGGGCGGUCCGUCUGUUGGGACGAUUCCUACGAGAGAAGAAACGGGCUUUACACUAAACUUCUACAGACAUUCAAACGGUUUCAUCCUUUUUGAGUCUUUUUCUCCUCCGAGGAACUCUGGUUCUUAUUAAGGUCUGAGCGUCUUCCCUCUUUAUGAGGAAGAUUCUGUCGUUUGCCGUCGGCUAAACAGCUGCAGCGCCGGAACAAGAGGACGCUGAGACGCGUUUGGUUGGGUUUACGGGAAAAUACCUCCUUAAACGAAGAGGUGAAGGUCCAGCAGAUUCUGGUUCUGGAACCCCAAACCGUGAGACCGUAAAUCCUUACUUUAACAAACACUGAGGUCCAAAACGGUCCAGGGUAGUUUUCAUGAGUCGUUCUGGAGGUUCUGGUCCAUUGUCAGCAAAAUAAAUGGGACCAAAAUCUCUUAAGGGACUCAAAAGAAUGUUUCAGAAUUCUUUGUCGGAACCUAAACCCGCGUGUCAAGGACUUCCAAAGGGAGUUUUAAGAUUAUUAUGGGAUGUCCACCGGACCUACGGCUUUGUGGCCGUUUCGUUCCAAAGUGUGAAAUUUGGCAAUUUUUCACAUUUUCCCACCAAAUGAAGGAAAGAAAACUUUACUUCUGAACGAUCUUUACGACAUUUCACAGACAGCAGGUUAAAGUCUCCAACCACAAGUAGUUUCCUUUACCUCGAGAAGAGACCACCAUCUUAUAUUUAAAAAAAAAAUGAGUACUGGUGACAAAAGUAAACUCCUCUUAGAGAUUUUGACCCAUCGAACACAUUCUCACUCCCAACUCGUCUUACAUGGACGAAUGGUUCGGGACCUCUCCACGCCACUUUUGAACCUUUUGGGUGUCACCAACUCGUUGUCGUUUGACGUGUUGGCAUUAAAUCAGGGAUCUCCAACCCUCGGGACACAGAACUCAUACCGGGUUAGGUGAUCCCGGCUCCAGACUCCAGAGUAGGGAUUAGACACCGUUCUACGAUGUUCAGAGUGGGUUGCCAUGGUUACAGGGUUCAUGUUGUUGGGAUGUAGUAAUCCCUCGAGGUCUAUGUGUUCGCAGUGAGACUGGGUAAUCUCUGGAGGUGUGUGUUAUGGAGUGUUAUGUUGUGUAGUUGGACGUAGAAAUCUCUUGUUUAGGGUACCGGGUUAGGGUCUGUUAGUGAUACCGGGUUUGGGCUCCUCCCCUUGGUUAGGGUUAGGGCUUAAGGUCAGGGCUGUUUGCCAGGGCUCAUGGGUACUGGUACUGGGUUACAAUACCAGAUAAAGGUUUUGGUACUGGUCCAUGUUCUGGUACCAGUUUGUGUCACCAGGGUUGGGGACCCCUGACUAGUGUAUGCAUUUGUUCCCCGUCGGUGGACCGGAACCAGUUCACAGUCCAGAGGCUAGAGACCCCUGAUUUCAUGGGAACAGCCAGCACAUCAAAAACUGGUGAGUUGGGUUUUUCUAUUUGGACCCUUUGGACGUGGAACUGGUACUGGAUUAGGAUACUGCUGCUGGAUUAGUGUAUGGGUAUGGGGUUAGGGUAUGGGUCCAUGUCCUGGUACCAGACUGGUAUCGUUCUGCACCCUGAGGGUUAGGGACCCCUGACUACUGUAUGUAUUUGUUCCCCGUCUGUGGCCCGGUACCUAGCAACCCUUGGACCAGUAUCGGUUCUGCACCCUGAGGGUUGGAGACCCCUAAUUUAAUAGGAACAACCAGCACAUAGAAAAGACGAGUUGUGGACACCCAAAAUGUCAAAAAGUGGCGCAGAGGGGGCCCAGUCAAACGUCCGUGACGAGUUGCGAGUGAGAAUGCGUUUCCUGAAUCCUCGGGAAUCAUCGGGAAGAAAUGUUGGAAUGUUGUAGAUUUAGAGUUUGGUAAACUCUCCUUUCACUCGCACAUGUUUUACUUCUUAUUGUGAAUUUUGUACAUGAAUCGUCGGGUCAAACUGAACGAAACGAUGAAACAGAUUAGGAAUGUGGGCGUGGUCAACCAAAAACCCCGUUUGCAGAGAAAAUCUAAACGUUUAGUUUUGCUGAUUCUCUUAAAAACGUCAGACCGGCUCGUCACCCUUCAUUAGAUCUUUAAGGCUUUAUUUUAUUGUACUUUGGUCCUAUUGGUUCCGUUUUCUUCUGAAUUCUUCAGGAGAAGAAAGACUUGAUGAACGAACUGUCCUCGCUUUCAUCAACCGCCAACAAUCCGAAGGAGAACCUGAUCUCCUCUGACCUUCAGAGUAAAAGCCUCGGCGUCAUGUUACACCGCUCGUGUUAAUAUUGAUCAGGUGUUUCUCUGAAGCUCAAACCAGACUCUCCUGUGUCUCACCGACGUUUGGAGCUGAAUUCAUCUGGUUCUGAGAGGGACAGAGUCGGAGGAUUUGUCUUUAAUUUGAAAAUUGGAGUCGAUGAAAGAGAAACCGAGUCCAGACGACCGGAUUUUACGAAUGAGGAUCCACAGAAACUCAUCAGAUUGUUUCAUUUAAAAGGAUUUAAAGUGUGAAUUCUUGGUCAUUCCGGUUACCGUGGAGUCGUCAUAAAAGGGGCGGAGUCUUGUGAUGCGUCCUGCCGACUCCCAUCACUGAUAUUUGUGUUGAUUUGUUUAAAAAUGCGUUCAGUGUUGAUGUGAUGACUCCAGGGGGCGCCGCGUGGUCACAGCAGGCCUGAUAACCUGUGCCAAACUUUUGGUUCCUUUUGGUGACGACUUUUGAGAAAUAAAUGACAUUUUUAAGCUGUAA